UACUUCACUCAACAAAAUUUCCCCUUGCUUCCAGCGUCCUCCAUCCUCUGCUACGACUGCAAUAGCCUAUUCGACCCGCGCUGUGGGACGCCCUUCGACCCGUUCAGCCUCGGCGUGGUGAACUGCUCGCUGCGGGACGCCCCCGACCACUUGCCGGACGCCCUCCCAGCCCUGUGUAGGACUAUGAAGAUGGAUAUAUACGGCAAGGUGCGCAUAGUCCGCGGCUGCGGCUACAUCACCGACCCCGCAUCCGACGACCAGCCCUGCCAGAGGAAAGCCAACUCCGACCAGCUAUUCAUCACUUACUGUUCCUGCACCUCGGAUCUCUGUAACAACGCGCGCGCAAUACAAGGCAGCGCUUUAGCUGCUAUCGUAGUUGGUUUGACGUUGAUACUAGCACGUUGAAGAUUUUUUUGUGAUUCUUUUUUGCUUUCUUUUGUUUUGGUUUGAAUUUCCAAUGGAAGAUGUUGAGAGUUGAGACAGUUAAUGUAGGAUUAUUCAUCACUUAUUGCUUCUGCACUACAGAUCUCUGUAACAGCGCCCGUUCAAUAGACGGCAGCGCUCUAGCCGCUGUCGUAGUUGGAUUGACUUGGAUGCUGGCACGUUGAAGUU